UUCUAACUUUGACCACUCAAAAUAUAACUACCUUAACCGCCACUCUCCAUCCUCCUCUAUAAAAACUUCAAAGCUCAAGUAAUCAACUUACACUUUUAUUUGCUUCCCUUACUUUCUCUGCUCUAGAAUACAAUUUGUCUAAAAAUCUGAACAAGAAACGAAAAUGGCCAAGUUUUCAACAAUCAAAGCUUGUAAAUUUUCUCUGAUUUUAGCCAUUCUCUUUGUGUUCCAUGUUUCCUGCUUUCAGUAUGAAGUAGGAGGUGAAAAAGGAUGGAUUAAACCCGACGGAAGCGAGCUCGAGACUUACAAUGAGUGGGCAGAACAAAACAGGUUUCACAUCGGAGACUCCAUCAAUUUCAAGUAUACAAAUGACUCAGUGCUCCUGGUUGAGAGAAGUGAUUAUGAGGAUUGUAAUGUGAAAAACCCGAUGUUGAAAUUCGAUGAUGGCAACACGGUUUAUGAGUUUGAUAAAUCGGGUUUUGUCUACUUUAUAAGUGGGAAACCAAAACACUGUCAAGCAGGUCAGAAGAUGAUCAUCCGUGUGAUGGUACAAUAUGCUGCUCAUCACCCCACCGCCAGUUCCCCUGCACCCUCAUCUCAGGGACCAACUGAUGCCGGAUAUGGGUUCAUUACCGACUCGUCGGGACCCACCUCUACCAACUCCAGUGACAUGCUGUCUGUCACAUCUUAUUGCCUGACGCUGUUCAUGGGUGUUGUCAUCGUGCUCUAUCUGUUCAUGGAUUAAAAGCUUCUUAGAAUUGAAGCUAGGGUUGUUUUUUAUUUUUUAAAUUGCUUUAGACCUUUAGGGUAGAGUUGAUUAUGUUGUUCUCCUCUGCUGUUUGAGGAACAUUUGUUUUGAAAUUAUGAUUUUAAUGCUAGUUAAAUUUUUAUUACU